GCCUUGUCGUUGUAUUUAGGUAUUGUAGAGACAACACCAGGAUGUCUUCAAGGCAUUCGUAAGAAAGUCAGUAUUAUUUUCGUUUUGGAAAAUUUGAGAACUAGGGGAAUGGAUUUUGGAAAGAAACAUUCUACUUGGGGAGAAGAAAAUCUUAUGUCUCUAGAUGAAAUGGAUAGAUUUAUCAGUAAUGAUACUGUCUCCCUUUGUGUAAAAUUCGAAAUUCAAGAAUCUAUUAUAGAUGCAUUACCCGAAGUCGUUAAUCCUUUGGAUAAACUAGUUAACUCUCCAAAAUUUUCUGACAUAACAUUUCGUGUAACUGAUGAUUCUGGUCGAGAAAAAUUAUUUUAUGCUCAUAAAGGAAUUCUUGCUAGUUCUUCAAAAGUAUUUGAGGCAAUGUUGACAAAUGGAAUGAAAGAAACUUAUGAGGAUGAAAUUCCUCUAUAUCAAACAAAUCAUUCUGCUUUUCUUUCAUUACUUACUUCUAUAUAUACUCUUAAAGUUAAUAUUACUUCAUUGAGCGACUCUGAAAAUUUAUUGGCAUUGGCUGAUAAAUUUGAAAUUAUGCCUGUUCGUGAAGGAUGUUUACGUUAUUUCCAAAAAUUUUCUUGUGCAAAAACCUCAAAUGCUUGUCGGGAUUUUGUUGCUCUUAAUUUGGAUACUCUAUUGGAUAAACAAUCAACACUUUGUGCUGAUCCAAACAUUCUCCGCCUCGCUCUUGAAAAUGAUGAAGCUAAUGUAACUUCUGAAGAGAAGAUUUAUGAAUUUGUUGUUAGAUGGGUAAAUUAUUCUUGCACUGGUGAUCCGUCUAAUAAAUUAUCCCCUGGAAAAAAUUAUUCUAAAAGCAUAAGGGUUGAUGAUUUACCAUCUACUUCAUCUUCCUCAUCGUCUGAUUCUAUGCUUUCUGAACUUCCGAAAGGUGCCGGUAAUUCUAGUCAACUAGCUGAAGGAAAAGGGUCCAUGGAUCAAGAUUUUAGCGAUUUUCCAAAACCUUGGAAAGGUGAUAGAAUAGUUGCUCUUCCAUCCUUACUAAAAUGUGUUCGGUUCCCAGUUAUGCAAAAACGCUAUAUUGUUGAAAAAGUUGAGGGAAAUGCGGUUGUUAUGGCUGCUGAAGUAAUGAAAGAUCUUAAUAGUGCUUUUACAUUAAGUACCUCAGCCAACUCCUCGCUCCCCUUAAAGCCAGAUUCUUUAAAAGAG